AUGAAUCGAGCUGAUUUUUCCCUCCUUCAAUCUAUACAACAUCAUCUUCUCAAUGAUUCUGAUAUUCCAGAAAUAUUUUCAACUAUAGAUUCAAAUAGCCCUAGCUCAUCAAGUUUAGGUAAUUCCCCUUCUACAGAAAAUAACUUUUACUAUGGGGAAUUAACACCAUUAAUAAACCCUAGUACUACUAGUACUUUAGAAGCCACAGAAAAACCCGAGCUUGAAGAGACUAAUAAGGAGACUGUGGCGGCGAGUGUGGUACACGCACCACAAGAUUGGAAGCGGUACCGAGGAGUAAGGCGGCGUCCAUGGGGGAAAUUCGCGGCGGAGAUAAGGGAUCCGAAUAAGAAAAAUGGGAGAUUAUGGUUAGGGACUUAUGAGACACCUGAGGAUGCAGCAUUGGCUUAUGAUCAAGCUGCUUUUAAAAUCCGUGGCUCGAAAGCUCGGCUUAAUUUUCCUCACUUAAUCGGCUCUGGUGUGCCCGAGCCGGCUAGGGUGAACCCUAGACGUCGGUCGCACUCGCCAGAGUUAUCAUCUGAAAAUGGAACACCAAGAAAACUAUUUGAGUGAUAUACAUAGGUUUUGUUGCUUGUAUACUUUGA